CAAUGUUAUCAUGUGACUUCUUCAUGUGAACAUGGCGUCCAGACCAAACAGGACGUCUGCUGGUGGACGUUAUAAAAUAUUUUUAAACGUUUUAGCUCUUUUAUCCGGGUUGUGUUUCAUGUGUGAGUCUGUUGGAGCUGAAAUACGAACCGCUGUGAUUGACAAACAAAGCGGACAGCUGUCGGUCAUUGAGGGAUACCGAGCAGAUUUUGUGGCCUGGGCGAUCUUUACUGAUGACAUAGAAACGUCAGGCUGGUCCUUCCUGGAGAUCACUACCAGCAGUCAGUACAAUGACAGUAUCCAGGCUUAUGCUGCUGGCGCAGUGGAGGCUGCUCUCACUUCUCAGCUCAUCUAUAAGCACUGGAUGAACACUCUCGUGAAUUACUGUGGGCCCUUCACGUCUGAGUCUGCUUACUGCCAGCGCCUUAAGGCUUUCAUCACAACCAAUCUGCAGUGGGUUCAGGAGCAAAUAGAGAAGCAGCCAAGCUCUCCCUACUGGUACCAGGUGCGUCUGGCACUGCUGCAGCUAAAAGGUCUCGAGGAUAGCUACAAUGACGAGCUGUCGUUUCCAAUAGGGUCAUUCUCCCUCAACCCAUUUGGCUUCCUACUUUUCCAGUUGGGUGGAGAUCUGGAGGACUUGGAAUCGGCUCUCAACAAAUCCAGCCAAACUCGACCUCUUGGAUCUGGCUCCUGUUCUGCUCUCAUUAAGCUGCUGCCGAACAAUAAGGAACUGCUGGUGUCACAUGACACCUGGAACAACUACCAGGCCAUGCUGCGCAUCAUGAAGAAAUACAUGUUUGCCUUCAGAGUUUCUCCUUCAGAUGAGGAUCUUAUACCUGGAGGAACUCAGGCCUUCUCAUCUUAUCCUGGAUCGAUCUUCUCUGGAGACGACUUUUAUAUCAUCAGCAGUGGUUUGGUUACUUUGGAAACCACCAUCGGGAACAGUAACCCUGCUCUGUGGAAGUUCGUUCAGCCCACGGGAACUGUCAUGGAGUGGCUGAGGAACAUUGUGGCUAACCGACUGGCUGCUACAGGCAAGGAGUGGGCCGACCUAUUCAGGAAGUACAACAGUGGAACGUAUAACAACCAGUGGAUGAUUGUGGACUAUAAGCACUUCACUCCAGGGAAGACUGACAUUAAAGAGGACCUCUUUGUUGUGCUGGAGCAGAUUCCGGGACUAGUUGUUUACAGUGAUAAAACUCAGGAACUGCUGGAGAAAGGUUACUGGGCAAGCUUCAACAUACCGUACUAUGAGGAAAUAUUCAAUGCCAGUGGCUGCAAUGAGCUGGUUGAGAAGUUCGGCCCGUGGUUCUCUCUGGACCAGAAUCCUCGGGCUCAGAUAUUCAGGAGAAACCAGACAGCUGUCACGGAUGUGGACUCAAUGGUCCGCCUUAUGAGGUAUAAUAACUUUAAGGAAGACCCUCUGUCAAAGUGUGAAGGCUGUGAUCCACCUGGGAAUGGAGAGAAUGCAAUCUCAGCCCGUUCAGACUUGAACCCAGCUAAUGGAACAUAUCCAUUUGGCGCUUUAAAGCAGAGGUCACAUGGAGGAACAGACAUGAAGAUGACCUCCUUUGGGAUGUUUCGGGACUAUGGUAUGCUGGCAGUGAGCGGGCCAACAUGGGACCAGGUGCCACCCUUCCAGUGGAGUACUUCACCUUACAAAGACCUGAUACACAUGGGCCAACCUGAUACUUGGGCAUUCAAGCCCAUAAAAGUCACAUGGACUCCUUAAUUGUUAAUAUGCUGUAUAUAAAAGUGACAUAAUCAGUGUAAAUUCUGCCAGCUGUUUGAAGUUUUGACAAAGGGAAAUUAUAUUUUAAUGCAGCGGGACAUGACUUUUAUGAGCACAAUAGUCAUUUUAUGGAUUCUUGCAAUAAUAUUCAUAAAGUAUUGCAAUAUAACAGUAUUGCACUAUUUGCAUAAUUAAAGCACAUAAUGUUUAACAGAGCUUUUAAUGUGAGGCAAUAUGAACAAUAACUUUACAAUCUUGCUGUUGUAAAGAAGAAGCUUCUGCAUUAGAUUAUCUGAUUUUAGGUUUUUGCAGAUAAAUAUGUGAAAAUGUAAAUUCCACUUUUUUCAAUUUUGAUUUCUCAUUGAGUUAUUGGCAUUAAAAUGUUGCUACAGGACACCACUUUUCUUUGGAGAGAUCACUGAGUAUGAUUAUUGAUACAGAUGCUGUAAUUUAAUGUCACUGUGAAAGCAAAUGUCUUAAUCAUGACUUAAAUAAUUUGGGUCAUUCCAUGCUAACUGUUUUACUUUUUUUACUUUACUUUUUAGUAAUCAAAUACAUUUUUUUUCUUUAGUUCUCAAAAAAUUAAUAUCUCCACUAGUUUUUACUUAGUGCAAACAAAUUUGGAUUCUGUUUAGUGUUAAUGUAUUUCCAUCACAUCAGUCAAUUUGUAUGCAUAAAAACUGAGUGCCACAGAUCUGGCUAAAUAUAGCUUCAGAGCUAAAAAAAAAUAAAAUAAACCACACUUUAUAAGAUAUUUUGAGAUGAGAUAUCUUUCCCCAGAAUGGUUAUUUUCAUUUCCCUGAAACUUGUUAAUAAUUAUUGCAUAACAUUAACAAUUUAAAGAUGUUAUAUGACUCCAUGAUUUAAUCAUUUUUUCAUGGUUUUCACCUGCUAUAAUACUACAGUCAGUGGUUUUACCUCCAUAGGUAGAUAUUUGUACUAUGUUGACUUCAGGGUUUUCUACCUCUGUGUGAUACCUAAUGGGUCUGUUUUUCAUUGGGUUUAGGACAUUUCCAAAUUACAGCUUGUAAUGGCUUGGUUCAGCAUGGUUUAGCUCUAAGGUCCAAUUUUAAAGAAUAAAUAACUUUUUUAAAAAAGUAUUUGGAAUGGAGGAUUUUGCAAGGUUCCAUUAAUUUAAUAGAAGUUUUCACUUUUUUUUCUCAAUAAAAUCCAUAACAUAAACAGGAAGUCCUAUGUGAGUUGAUAUGGAAUGACCCAUUUUUAAUAAUUUUUAAAUCAUGCAUUGUUUGUGAAAUAUUUUCUAAAUAAACAGUGCCCAGAUUAUUGGGUUUCUUAAAAA